AUGGUAAAAGUAGAAGAGCAGACUAUAGAGCAAUUACGUGAAGAACUUCGUCAAGUUCGAGAGGAAAUUGUUCGCUUGAAAACACAAGCAUUAGCUGAUAUAAAUGAACUCAAGCUGAAGUUUGAAGAAUAUAUUGACAAACAAAAAGAAUAUGAACUUGCAGUAGAGGAUCAAAAUUCCCAACGAGAGGAUCGAGCUUCAACGCAAUUUGGUUGGGGUCAGGCAGUAAAUUUCAUACCUAUUUUUUCACAUGCUUAUAGUUAUGGUGCAAAUAAAUCCAAUGAAUUAGUGGAGAAGGAACAAAAAAAUCUUCGUGAGACUCUAAGUAAAACAACCACUGAACAAUUUCAGGAAGUUCGGAAAUUAUUUAAUGAUAUCAAAGAAAGAGACUGCUAUAAACAAGGAAAUAACUUUAUACUUACAAACACAUUCUAA